GACGGCAAAGGUGGCAAGAAGGGCAAGAAAAGCAAGGACACGGGCAAAGGUGACGGCGGCAAGGGGGGUAAAGGCGGACGUGGAGACAGUGGUGCAGGUGGCGAUCCAGCCAAGCUUCCUCGGGCUCCUGGUGCGCAGUUCCUGGUGGCCAAGGAUGGCCCCUCCGUGGAGCUCGAGACCCACGAGCUGGAGCAGCUGGUGGCCACUUUGGAGAAGCUGGGAGACACGGUCAGCCUCGCGAAGCACAGGCGCACCCUGCAUGAGCGGCGCAGACUUCAGCAGGAGGCGCUCUACGUUCCGCCCAUGUCGCAGAGGGUCACCCACGCCCACAAGCAGGUGCAGGAUGUCGUGCAGAAGCUGGAGAAGGCGGUCAUGCACUUCGAGCGCCUCGAGGAAGGCCUCGAAAGUCAGCGUCGUUGGGUCCAAUCUCUCUGCGAGGACAUGGAGACGAAGAAGGCGGAGCACCGCAAGCUGGUGGUGGAGCUCAAUCGCCAGGUGGUCGACAUCAGCCAGGUUUCAGCUCUUGCAGUUGCCCCCAUCAGCGUGGCUGGCAUCUUGGACGGCUCCAUCGAGGAGAUCCCUCUCUCGUUUGCUGGCCUGGGGUUCGACGACGCUGAAUAUGAGAUGGAUGCAAAUGACAGGAAGGAGCUGGCAGAACGGAGCGCCCGUCUCAAGAGCGAGCUGUCCAACGCGGUCAAGCAGAUGUUCGGGCAGGCGGCGGAGAAGGCCAAGCUCUUCAAGGAGGAGCAGGAGGCCAUGGCGCUACGGCUGGCUGGCAAGAGGCGGCGACAGGGCACAGGCCCUGAGGACCCUGGCCCAGCAGGGGCGGCCGCCGCCGAUGCAGCUGCGAGAGGCAAGGACGGCGAGGCUGGGGACGCAGACUCGCGGCCUCUGCCUGAGGGGGCAGACCCCAUGGACGAGGUGGCUGAGUGCGAUCGGCGAACGCCCUUGGCCGAGACAGCUGGAUCUCUGCGGCCAGCUGGCCGCUUCUGGAGAAACAAGACUGUGGACCUCGACUGGCCUCAGGUCGGGGGGUUCCUGGUUCCGGCCCUCGAUCGUCCAGACGAGGGCACAUCGAUGAUAGGCAAGCAGUACUGCAAGCAGCUGCAUGCCGAGCCAGAGGGAAUCAUGCCUGUGGCCAGGGGGCGGAGGCCUGUGGCGAUGGGGCCUUCACCUGAUGUCGCAGAUCCUGCUCGACAGCAGGCCAUCCAGGACUUCGCUGACAUGAGGGCGGACCUCAGGGACUGGGCAGCCGCUCGGUUCGACUCGCACUCUGAGCUGGAGACCGACAGCGGGCACUGGAGGCGCUGGUACAAGGCUUCCCUGGGCACUAAGCUUGCUGACGGCGGGGGCGAGCCGCUCAGGCGCCUACUGAGGAGCUGGUUUCCUGACAGAGGCUGGGACAGCAUCCUGGACGGGCUCUGCCUCAACGGCAGGUGUCAGGCUGAGCCCCGCCGCAUCGCCUUCGUGGUCAGGCUCAACAGAUGCCAGCCUUUUCAUCGGUGGCAACUUGAGCACAGGCGCUGGAGGCACUUGGAGCAGAUCAGGGCCAUGUUUCUUCGAUUCUUCGGGGACAGAGCUCCUGGAGACUCAGUGCCGCCUCAGCGACCUGGUAGGGGAGUGGAGCCUGACCCUCCUCGUCGGCCAGUCCCCGAUGACGACCAGGCAAUGGACUACGUUGACAACCUGACGGCGAAGCUGGUCAUGCUGUCGUACGCGCACUCGCUGCAGCUGCCUGGAGGCGGAGUCUCGCCUGGCCAAGCCAACCUGAGC